AUGGUGUUCACAUGUGACCAGUGUGGGAAGAAAGUACACUACAGAACUCACAGAGGAGAAAGAUCGUACAGCUGUGACCACUGCGGGAAGGACUAUACUCGUUCUGAUAAACCCAAACAACAUAUAAAAACUCACACAGUAGAGAAACCAUUUGAAUGUGAACAGUGUGGGACGGAAUUUAAACGGGCUGUUGGACUCAAAAGACAUAUGAGAAUUCACACAGGAAGGAAGCCAUUUGAAUGUGACCAGUGUGGAAAUACAUUCAUCAGUGCUGCACAAUUCAAAGUACACUGCAGAACUCACACGGGAGAAAGGCCAUACAGCUGUGAUCUGUUUAAUAAGGAAUUUAAACAGUCUGGUUUACUUAAAAGACAUAGGAGAAUCUACACAGAAGAGAAGCCAUUUGAAUGUGACCAGUGUGGGAAGGAAUUUAGAUGGUCUAGUGCACUCAAAAAACAUAGGAGAAUCCACACAGGAGAGAAGCCAUUUGAAUGUGACCAGUGUGGGAAGAAAUUUAGAUUGUCUAGUGUACUCAUGAUACAUAGGAGAAUCCACACAGGAGAGAAGCCAUUUGAAUGUGACCAGUGUGGGAAGACAUUUACACAGUCUGCUACACUCAAAAAACAUAUGAGAAUCCACACAGGAGAGAAGCCAUUUGAAUGUGACCAGUGUGGGGAAAAAUUUACAGGGUCUGAUGCACUCAAAGAACAUAUGAAAAUCCACACAGGAGAGAACCCAUUUGAAUGUGACCAGUGUGGGAAGGAAUUUAGAUGGUCUACUUCACUCAAAGAACAUAUGAGAGUCCACACAGUAGAGAAACCAUUUGAAUGUGACCAGUGUGGGAAGGAAUUUAAAUGGCCUGGUUCACUCAAAAAACAUAUGAGAAUCCACACAGGAGAGAGGCCAUUUGAAUGUGACCAGUGUGAGAAGACAUUUACACGGUCUGAAACACUCAAAGAACAUAUGAGAAUCCACACAGGAGAGAGGCCAUUUGAAUGUGACCAGUGUGGGAAGGACUUUACACGAUCUAGUGGACUCAAAGUACAUAUGAGAAUCCACAUUCCUGUUAGUAAGUCUACUCCCCCUAAGCUCCAUAAAAGCAUGUGA